AAAACCCAAAAUCAAGGUUUCAUUUUUACUGGUGCAGAAUGGGCAGACCGGUUUCAUAAUCUCAGAUUCCUCUCGAUUUGUCUCCGGCACGGUGAAGAAAGAUUCUUCAAGAAUUUCCUUGGCUCACACAGAGAGUUUUGUUUUCUAUUCUAUUUUGGACUGUUUCCUCAAAAUAGUUUUUUUUUUCAGCAAGAUUUCGCUUUAGAUAUUCAAUAAGCCAUAGAUUCGGAGCUAGCUCUGAGAUCCCAGAUAUUCGUUUUUCAGAUUUUGUAAUAACUUUGAUUUGUUGUAAUGAGUGGUCGAGGUCGAUAUCCGCCGGGGAUGGGUGGCCCAAGUGCUGGCCGUGGAGGAAAUAUGUCUGGAAACCCUAAUUUUCAGCCGAGGAAUGUCCAGCAGCAAUACGUGCAGAGAGGUGGUCCACCGCCAAGUCACCAACAGUUCCAGAAUCAACAGCAGUGGCUGGGGAGGAAUCAAUUGCCUGCAAAUUCUAACCUCGUUGAAGUUGAUAAGACUGUGCAGUCGGAAGCUGUUCAGGCAAGUUCACAAGAUUGGAAGUCUCAACUAAACCUUCCGUCUCCAGAUACUCGAUUCAGAACUGAGGAUGUCACAGCUACUAAAGGAAAUGAAUUUGAAGACUAUUUUCUAAAACGUGAGCUUCUUAUGGGAAUCUAUGAAAAGGGCUUUGAAAGACCAUCGCCUAUUCAAGAAGAAAGCAUUCCUAUUGCUUUAACUGGAAGUGAUAUCCUUGCUAGAGCGAAAAAUGGAACUGGGAAAACAGCUGCCUUCUGCAUCCCUGCCUUGGAGAAGAUUGAUCAGGAUAAUAAUGUCAUUCAAGUUGUCAUAAUUGUUCCAACAAGAGAGCUGGCCUUGCAGACGUCUCAAGUUUGCAAAGAGCUUGGGAAACAUUUGAAAGUCCAAGUAAUGGUUACCACUGGAGGAACCAGCUUAAAGGAUGAUAUUAUGCGUUUGUACCAACCAGUUCACCUGCUUGUUGGGACUCCUGGAAGAAUUCUGGAUCUUGCAAAGAAGGGAAUAUGCGUUCUUAAAGAUUGCUCAAUGUUUGUCAUGGAUGAGGCUGAUAAGCUUUUAUCUCCAGAGUUUCAACCUUCGGUGGAGCAUCUCAUAAGUUUCUUACCUGCAAAUCGCCAAAUACUGAUGUUCUCAGCUACAUUCCCUGUUACUGUGAAAGACUUUAAAGAUAGAUACUUGGGGAAGUCAUAUGUUAUUAAUCUCAUGGACGAGCUUACCCUUAAGGGUAUAACACAAUAUUAUGCUUUUGUUGAAGAGAGGCAGAAACUUCACUGUCUAAACACUCUUUUCUCAAAGCUUCAAAUAAACCAAUCCAUCAUUUUCUGCAAUUCGGUGAAUCGAGUGGAAUUGCUUGCAAAGAAAAUUACUGAGCUUGGGUAUUCUUGCUUCUAUAUUCAUGCCAAGAUGCUUCAAGAUCAUCGAAACAGAGUGUUUCAUGAUUUUCGUAAUGGUGCUUGCAGAAAUCUCGUAUGCACUGAUCUUUUUACCAGGGGGAUCGACAUUCAAGCAGUAAACGUUGUAAUCAAUUUUGAUUUUCCUAAAAACUCAGAAACUUAUCUCCACAGGGUUGGACGAUCAGGGAGGUACGGGCAUCUAGGGUUAGCUGUCAAUCUUAUAACUUACGAGGACCGUUUCAAUCUGUACAGGAUUGAACAAGAACUUGGGACAGAAAUAAAGCAAAUUCCUCCACACAUUGACCAGGCUAUCUACUGCCGUUGACAUUUAAAUUUUUUCUUGAUAAAUGUUCCUCCAGCUGUCAACAGUAAUUCAGGUCAAUGGUGGCUAUAUAAGAAAGAAAAACUUUGGGUUUUAGCACAUUAAUGGUAGUAUGUAAUAUGUCCAUGGAUGCAAAGCUUUUAUGUUUGUGGCGUUGUCGUAAGAUUACUAUGGACCUUGUUGUUACUCAUUCUCAUUGUUACCAAUGCCCACCGAAGAAGAAACCUUUGAGUAGUAAAUGAAGGAAUGUUGUGUGUGAUGUGGCAUGUAAAGACAACUGGUAGUCGUCUUAAGUUAAUCCCAGACUAUUAUUGCUUAAGACGAAGUUUAAAUUUGUUUGUGUUAAUUCCAGACUAUUAUUGCUUAGAACAAGUUUACAGUUGUUUUUGUUAAUCCCAGACUAUUAUUGCUUAUAGUCUAUUACUCAAGUUUGUUU